CUAUCACUGCUUGAACAAGCGAUCCUGCAAACGAAUCAAAUGGACGAUGAUGAUGAUGAGGUGUUCGAAAUUCUCGAUGCGCGCUCCAUGGGAAUUCGCGAGACAAGUCGAGUUUCAUCGUUACACGAUUGCCAAAAAAGAUGUGGUGGAUGUGCAAGCUUAGUAUUAUAUCCAGACAACACCUGCGUCAUCUUCGAUUAUUUAACCGCAGUGGUUAUGUCCUCUUAUGGAGCACUUUGUUGUGUUCCACGUUCAAACGAUUCGUUUGUCUGUGAUCAGUGUACCUCAAACUCAGCCAUGCACACAAUUGGCGAUUCUCUUGUUGGGCAUACGAACAUUCUUGGAGUUUGGACGCUAUUUACACAAACCAAUAGCACAUAUAAGACAUUGCCUUACGAGUGUCUGGCUACUCCACUCGACUAUGAAGAAGAAUGUCAAAAAGAAGGAGCACAUCUUGCUUCGAUUGAAUCUGUUGAAGAGGACCAGUUUGUCAGCUCUCUUGCUUCCACAUCAUGCAACUGUAAACACAUUGGUCUCUAUUCGAAAUCUUGGCCCAAACAGAACUUCCAGUGGAGAGAUGGAAUUGAAACAAAUUAUACGAACUGGAGGUUUGGAGAACCAUACGUGAAAGGUCACAUAUGUGUACAUAUUUGGAAAACGAAAGGAUGGGCAAGUGCAUCGUGUACGUUACGUGGAAUUGAUUCUGUAGGAUGUUGUGCUGUUUGCAAGCGUAAUUAA